AUGUCGUCGAAGUCAACUGUUCCCACACAGAGUGAGAUCACUCUCGUGCCUGAGAACCUCCUCAAGAAGAGGAAGUCUCAGGAGAAGGCUCGUGAGGAGCGCGCGAUCGCAACACGCGAGAAGCGAGACAAGAGCAAGAAGAAGCGCGAGGUCAUCUUCACGAGAGCCGAGAAGUAUGUGAAGGAGUACCGCGAUGCCGAGCGGGAGCGCGUGCGCUUGUCGCGCGAGGCCAAGAAGAGCGAUAGCCUAUACGUCCCCGCCGAGCCCAAACUCGCCUUCGUCGUCCGGAUAAAGGGUAUCAACAAGAUUGAUCCCAAGAAGCGCAAGACGCUGCAGCUUCUGCGGUUACUUCAGAUCAACAAUGGCGUCUUCGUCAAGCUUACCAAGGCGACUAUGGAGAUGCUGAAGAUUGUUGAGCCCUUCGUUGCUUAUGGCUACCCGAACCAGAAGUCGGUUCGUGAGCUCAUCUACAAGCGUGGCUAUGGCAAGGUCGACAAGCAACGCCUUCCUCUGACGGACAACGAGAUUAUUGAAGAGAACCUUGGCAAAUACGGCAUGAUCUGUAUGGAAGACCUCAUCCAUGAGAUCUGCACCGUUGGGCCGAACUUUAAGGCUGCUUCGAACUUCCUCUGGCCGUUCAAGCUUAACAGCCCUACUGGUGGCUUCCGCAAGAGGAAGUUCAAGCACUUCAUCGAAGGUGGUGACUUGGGCAACCGGGAAGACAAGAUCAACGAAUUGAUCAGGCAGAUGAAUUAG